AUGGCUUCGCUCGACGUAGCUUCGUUGUUGUGCGAACGUGUUGUGUCAACCUUACUUUCCCACAUUGACGCCAUCAUGGGCCAACACAACAUGGCUCAGCGCCUUCUUACCACAGUCACAUUGCUCACCAGCCUGUCUGGCGUCUCAGCUUCAUACAACACAUCCGAAGUCACGCUUCCCGGCUAUGGCACUUUCCUCGGCACGACAGUCUCGCAGACUUUGACCAAGAAACCUCUACCACGCACUGUAGACGCAUGGCUCGGAAUCGAUUAUGCUUCUCAGCCCGUUGGAGAAGGGAGGUUCGCGCCUGUUGGGGCGCCAGAGCCUUUCGAUGGUGUUAAGAAUGCAACGAGCUAUGGAUACUCGUGUUACCAGGAUCCAUUGGAUAUUACGUACGAGAUGGAUGAGGCGUGUUUGAGCAUGAACGUCUUCCGACCGCAGGGUGUUGGCGCGCACGAGAAGUUGCCUGUGCUGAUCUGGAUACAUGGUGGUGGUUUCGUUGCUGGUAGUGCUAGGAGUUUCGAUGGCCCAAGUUUCGUGGCUAAUUCAAAGGAGCCGUUGAUCGUUGUCAACUUCAACUACAGAGUAAACUCUUGGGGUUUCCUCCCCUCUCCAGUCUUUGAGCGCGAAGGACUUCUCAACCUGGGUCUUCGAGAUCAGGAGACCUUGUUCAAAUUCGUUCAAAAGUACAUCUCCGCUUUUGGAGGCGACGCUUCUCGCGUCACCAUUGGAGGUCGUUCCGCUGGUGCGCACUCAGUUGGCAUCCACCUGUUCCACAACUACAACACCACUGAGGGCGCCGCACCACUCUUUUCCCAAGCUCUUCUCCAAUCCGGCAGUGUGACCGCUCGAGCGUUCCCCAACGCAUCUUACCCACUGUACCAAGAGCAGUUCUCGCGAUACCUAGGUCUUACAGGUUGCAGCGCUGUGGCCAACAGCACCGAUACCAAAAUCCUCAGCUGUUUGCGUUCUGUCCCCGCUGCUGCCAUUCAGAACGCUAGCGCUCUGAUAUGGCGCGCUUCUGAAUAUGCCAUCACAUGGCCAUUCCAGCCCACCCGUGGUGGCCCCCUUCUCGAACAAGCCGGCUCAACUUCCGGAGUCAACGGCCAAUUCUACCGCAUCCCCACCAUCACGACCAACGUCCCUGAUGAAGCAAAGUACUAUUCACCCGGCGACAUUGAGACCAAUGAUGAAUUCCUUGCCUUCAUGAAGAACCUGAUCCCCGGUCUCACACCCGAAGACCUCUCUGAUCUUGAGGAGCUAUACCCCGACCCCACAGGAUUGGACAGUGGGCCAUACGUCCACAGCUCCAACUCCACUCAAUACAACCGUCUCUCGGCCGCCCUAACAGACUACAUGUACGUUUGCGCCGGCCAAGAAACUGCUCUCCGUAUGUCCGCUGCCGACGUACCGGUGCAUAAGAUGGUCUUCGCUACAAACAACACGUUCCCCACUUGGAAGGGAAUACCUCAUACCGCCGACACAAAGUACACUUGGGCUGAGCCAGCCGGUGCUGGCGGUGUUCAGUACCCCGAAGUCGGCAAGGAGUUGUUGAAUGCUUACUUUUCCGACUUUGUUGCGUUAGGUGAUCCAAAUGCCGGCAACAGGACAGGUGUGCCAUACUGGCCGCUCUAUGCGGAUGAAGGUGAGGGUAAGCCCGGGUUGCAGUUGAGGAUGGAGCCUUUCGGUAACACUAGGGUUGAAGGGGAUGGGAUUAGGAGGAAGCAAUGUGAGUGGUGGAGAGAUGAGAGCAAGGCUGCGAGACUUGAAAAGUAG